UUGGAACUUCUUACGCGCCCCUUCUCUCUCUCUCUCUCUCUCUCUCUCUCUCUGCUGUAGUACUGUGUGAGACUGGGUUAAGGAAUAGGGGAAUUCAACUUUACAGAGACUCGCAGUUUCUCUUUCUCUGGGGUUCGCUUCUCACGACAUGGCAGCCUUGAGAACCACCGCUAAUAUGAUAAUGAGAGAAAUAUUCCAGAGCUCACCACUCUCAAGAUCGAGGACGUUUACAUUGCUUCCGAUGAAAACAUCCCUGAUGUUCGACAAUACCUUUCGCCUCUCAUGCCGUGCAAUUCGUCCCGGUGGGAUCCGUUGCAUGGCUUCAGAUUCUGGCGACGGAGGCAAGAAGGCGUCGGCCCGUCUGUCACAAGUUCAGCAACUUCUGCAAGAAGCCGAAGAGAGAGCUCUUUCUGCCGGCAACGAGCCUACCCCCAAAAUUACGCUUGACCAUGUUACUGUUAGUUUUGCAAGAAGUGGUGGACCUGGAGGUCAGAAUGUCAACAAAGUCAACACCAAGGUGGACAUGCGGUUCAAUGUCAAGAAUGCAUAUUGGCUCAGCGACAGAGUCAGGGAGAGGAUUUUGCAAAUGGAAAAGAAUCGGAUCAACAAAGACUGGGAGCUUGUGAUUUCUUCUACAAAGACUAGAACACAGAAGGGUAACAUUGAAGAUGCUCUGGAAAAACUUCAGGAAAUUAUUAAUGCUGCUUCUUAUGUCCCACCACCUCCUUCAGAAGAGCAAAAGAAGAAGAUUGCUAAGUUGGCUGCGAUAGGGGAGCACAAGAGGCUGCAAAACAAGAAAGUCCUCUCACAAAAGAAGGCUUUUAGGAGAAGCAGAGAUAGUUGGGAUUGACAUAGUAAACAUAGGAUCUGCAUGCAUUUGGGGUUUGAAAUAUUAUGAGGUCGAAUUCAAGAGCAAUUAACAUACAUCAUGAAGUGUUGAACUGUUGCAUAGAUCAAAUACAGAGAAGAUUGUUAUGAGAUGACGAGCUUAAACAAGUGAAUCAUCAAUAUCAACAAGAAUACCAUAAUACUGCAAAGGAACAUUCAUCCUCCCAGAGAUCACAAUCAUCCAGUAUUAGAUAGCAUUGGUAUCAACCUUUGUAUAGUACAACAGCUUCUGUUU